GUGUCAAUCAUUAUGAAUGCCCAGCCUUAACGGUAGCAAGUUCACUCCUGCUGUAAACUCGGGAACUGCCUGAGAAUCUCUACAAUCGGUUGCAGACUCCUUGACCCCCCCAUCCUUGCUACUGAUCUCAGCACCACCAUCAUGUGUAACAAGACAUCAGUAGGAGAGAACCAACUCCAGAGGAUUAUCAGAGAUCUACACGAAGCAGUGACUGAGCUGAGUAAGGAACACAGAGAGACGGGUGAACCAAUCACAGACGACAGCCCCAACCUGCAUAAACUGUCCUACAAACUAGAGUACCUGCUACAGUUUGACCAGAAGGAGAAGGCAGAUUUCCUAGGCAGCAGGAAGGAGUACUGGGAUUACUUCAGACAGUGUCUUGCCAAGACCAGAGGAGUUAAUGACGGCCUGCGGUUUGUCAAGGCUAUACCAGAGUUAAAGACGUCCCUGGGUAAAGGUCGAGCGUUUCUCCGCUAUUCUCUGGUCCAUCAGCGUCUGGCUGAUACCCUACAACAGUGUCUACUCAACCACAAGGUUACCAGUGAGUGGUACUUUGCUCGCAGUCCCUUCCUGAAGUCUCACCUCAGCAGUGACAUCAUCAGUCACCUGUAUGUUCUCAACGAGGUCCAGUUUGACGUGGCAUCCAGAGGUCACGACCUCGAUGCUGAUUGGCCCACAUUCGCCAGGAGGACUCUGGGGUCUAACUCCGCCCACCUCUGGAAACCUCCCAGUCGCUGUUCCAGUGUCAACAGCCUGGUCAGCUACUCAGGGUUGCAGGAGUUCAAAGCUCAAGAAUACGGUUCCAGUUUGCUGGCUGACCUGGGGGAGGAGUUAGGGGAGCUGGGGGAGGAGCUACAUGGAGUCUCCACCCCCUGCACUGCCGCAGACGACCUACGCUUCCUGGUUAACCAUUCAGAGCUCAGACAGAAGGAGCUGCUGCACCAAUCAGAGGCGAGCCAGGCGAAAUUGUUACAGAGAGUCAGAGAGCUAGACCAGGAGGCAGAGGGGCUGAGGAACGAGGUCAGAGAGCUGCAGGGGAAGCUAUUGGCUCACAACCAGGAAGCUGUGACAGCCAACCUCAACAACAUGGAUCUGUUGUCUAAACUAGACAGCCAGGAGAAGGAGAGGGACUCAACGCUACAACAGACCCAGGUUCUGCAGGAGGGAGAGGAGAGGGUCUCAACGCUACAACAGACCCAGGUUUUGCAGGAGGAGGAGAGGAAGGUGCAGGAGAAGAGGGAGAUGCAGGAGGAGAAGGAGGGAGAGGAGAGGAAGGAGAAGAGGGAGGUGCAGGAGGAGAGGGAGGUGCAGGAGUGGAAGGCGAUGGAGAAGCAGCUUCAGGAGUUGAGGAAGGAGCUGAGGUCCAGGGACAGAGAACUGACGGAGAGUAGAGAAAAGAUCAGACAAUUGGAGGAGGAGAACACUGACAGACUGACUGGGGCGGGGCAGGAGAGAGAGAAGCGAGAGAUGGAUGGAGAGAAGGAGAAGCUAGGGACAGAGAAAGAGACUGCAGAAUGUUCUCAUAGUAAUCUACAUAAGGCUGGUUCAGCAGAGGGACUGUCUAUGGAGAAGAACCAGCAUCUUUCCUCUAAGUCUGAGCCCCAGACGCAGGACCUCUCCCCCUGUCCCCAGACCCAGCAGCUCCUCCACCCGGCUGCAGCGGAGCCAGGGGAAGUGCUACGGCUGCAGACAGAGGUUGUGGAGCUGAGAGCCCGGCUGCAGCUGGGAGCAGAGCUGCAGAUAAGGAGUCAGGUGGAGGGGCUCAACAGACAGCAGGUAGAGGAGCUGCUGCUGGCCCAGGAGAGGGAGGAGGCUCUGGGACAGGAGCAGCGCCGCAAGGCUCAGGCUUCACAAGGCCUAGUCCUGGAGCUGGCCUCCGCCAGGGAGGAACUCCACAGCCUGAAGACUCGCUACGAGAGUCUGGCCCUGGAGCAUGGAGACAUCCGGGAGGCCCUGGACCACGCCAACAGAGAGACAGCAGAGCUCGGGGUCCACAUAUGCAGGCUCACUGCCCAGAAUGAGGAAGCGCGAGAGCGAUGGGAGGUGCUGUCCAACAGGUUUCAGGAGGAGCUGAACACCAGUAUGACCUCCCUGCAGCAGGAAAACCUCGGCCUGCAGGAGCAGCUGCUGAAGGAGCGGGAGGAGAAGGGGAGGCUGGGGAAAGAAGAGCAAGGAAGGGUCAGGGCUCAGAAGGAGGCACAGCAGGAGGAGAUCCAGGCGCUCCGCUAUCAGCUCAGCAACCAGACCAUAAACCACCAGACAGAGUUACAGAUUCUGUCUGAAGAGCUGAAGACUGUGAGGUCUGAAGUGGAGGUGGAACAGGAGAAUAAUUUAUACCUGAAGACCAAACUGAGGGGGGUGGAGAGUGACAAGCAGGACUACCAUCAACCUCUAGAGGACAACACCAGUUGGAUCGCCUCAUCACAGAAGCUAAUACAACAGAGAGAGGAGGAGAUGCAACACAACCUCACCAGGAGUGAAGAGAGCCUGGUUGUGUCUCAGAGGUCCUGUGAGGAGCUGAGGGAGGGACUACGGAAAGCCUGUCAGGACAAACAGAGCUAUGAGCUCCGGACCUCAGCUGAACUGGACGACCUCUACCGCACCAAAAUCAAUCUGGAGGAAAGACUCAUAGAACUCAUCAGGGAGAAGGAUGCCUUGUGGCAGAAGUCUGAUGCUCUGGAGUUUGAGCAGAAGUUGAGAGCAGAAGAGCAGACAAAGAGAGAUACCUGUAGCAAUACCUCUCACUGUCUCUCCUGCAGCAGUCCAUUCAGCUGGUGGCUUCACAGACACACCUGCAGACUGUGUGGCCAUGGGUUCUGCUACUACUGCUGCAGUAACACCGUCAGCCUGAUGGAGGGGGGCGCCAGAGAGCGCUGCUGCUCAGUCUGCUACAGCCAGCACAGUGCUGUGGUAGAGCGCCAUCCUCAGGAAGAGACCUGUACUGCACCACACACACCCUUCAACCCUCUGCCCCAACCUGACCUGGCUGUGCCAAGGGCAGAUGAUGGUGCAUAUGGCAUCAUAACAGAAGAGGAAGUUAAUUAUGUUUCCAACAGUGACUCUCUCUCCUUCACUGCCUGCUCUCCUCACACCAACCCCCAGGGGGCAGCAGAGCUCAACGGUGGUGCCAGUACAGCAGAAACCACAUCAGAGGACCUACCUGACCAGACUGGAGCUGUUCAGGAUGCAGAGAUCUGUCUGCUGAGGAGUGGAGAACUCACGUUGCGUGUUCCGUUCAGUGUGGAGGAGAUCAGUGUAUUUGGUGACGGUCUGAGGGAGCUGUUCAUCAGGUCUGGUUGUUACAGCUCCAUCCCCAUUACUGGGUCUACCCUUGGUGCUACCAUACACUGGCUGUUCACCUCACAACCCAAGAGCAUCUCAUUUAGUGUGCUGUACAGAGAGGACACACACACACCUCUGGAGGAGGCUAAGGUACUGAUCCCUCUGACUCGUUGUCAAUCCCACAAAGAGACCAUGACAGGAGAGCUGAUAGUCAGGAACACUGGAGAAUACACACUCAUCUUUGACAACUCCUUCUCCAGGUUCAUCUCUAAGAAGGUGUUGUAUCGUCUGAGUGUUGAGCAGCCAGUGGUCUACGAUGGAACACAUUGACUGUCUGGAGAGGAGAAGAC